AUGGGACGGCAAUUCGAGCAGCCCCUUUUGUGGCUGGACUGCGAGAUGACGGGGCUUGAUCCUUUAAAGGAUAGGAUUUUGGAGAUCGCAUGUAUAUUGACGGAUGGGAAUCUAGAACACAUGCAAGAGGGGCCCUGUAUGAUAUUACACUGCCCGAAAGAGGAGCUUGACGAGAUGAAUGACUGGUGCAAGGAGCAGCACGGGAAUUCAGGGUUAACGGAAGCGUGUAUGCGAGCAACACUGACUGCACAAGAUGCUGAGAAGCACAUUAUUGCCUUUCUCAAGGAAAAUAACGUGGGCAUGAAGGAGGCAGUGCUAGCUGGUAAUUCGAUCCAUAUGGACAAGGAGUUCCUCAGGAGGGAGAUGCCUUCUCUCUUAGAGUUCUUGCACUACCAGAUAUUAGAUGUGUCAAGCAUCAAGAUCCUUGCUCAGAGGUGGUUCCCCUCGGUCGCACCCCCGCGGAAGAUGUAUCUGCACAGGGCCCUAGAUGACAUCAAGGAAAGUAUUCAGGAACUGGCAUAUUAUCGCAAUAACCUAUUCAAAUGA